AUGCGGACGGCGGCGCCCUGCUGCCGGUUCCUACCGUGGCUGCAACGCGCUCAGGGGCGAGCGGUGCCUGGGGGCUGUGCAGUCUGGGGUGCCCUUGGACUUGACAGCUCGGGACGAACUCGGCCACAAUACUCUGGACUCACGUCUAAAGAUGCGCAGGAUGGAGGAGGGUACAGACUGGUGCGCAGAACAGAGUCGCUGCCCGCUCUCCCUCGGCGCCUGGGCCUUGGGAUCAGAAGUCUUUGGUCACCGGCUAGCCUCAGAUCGCAGGCGCCGGGGGAUGUGUCUUCUCAGGAGCGCGAAGACUCGAACGGGGACCGGGCCCAGGGCGAUCCCUCUCAGUCUGUCCUGGACCAGACAGCUUCCGAAACCAAUGAACGGGUGCACUCCGCUUCUAGGGAGGGCCCCUUUCGGGCUGGGGAGUUGAUUUUAGUGGAGACUGUUAAGAGAUCAACACAAUAUAAAAAAUUAUUUCGAUUGAGCAACGCCGGACAUUUUAAUAGUAGCUGGGGAUUAGUUCCGUUCACUGAGAUUUUGGGGAAGUUCCCUGGCCAGGUUGUAAGAAGUUCCUCCGGUAAGCACUUUCUGCUCAGGAGGCCAACACUGGAAGACUAUGUAUUACUGAUGAAAAGAGGUGCUGCCAUAUCAUAUCCAAAGGAUGUGACUAUGAUGCUGUUGAUGAUGGAUAUCAACCUAGGUGAUACUGUUUUGGAAGUUGGUUCAGGCUCUGGUGGCAUGAGCUUAUUUUUAUCAAAAGCAGUUGGAACAAAUGGUCGAGUCAUAAGUUUUGAAGUAAGAAAAGACCACCAUGAUCUGGCUAAGAAGAAUUACAAGAAAUGGCGUGAUUCAUGGAAAAUAAGUCAUGUAGAAGAAUGGCCAGACAACGUGGAUUUUAUUCAUAAGGAUUUUUCAGGAGCAACUGAUGACAUGAAAUCCUUCACCUUUGAUGCAGUAGCUUUGGAUAUGUUAAAUCCUCAAGUUGCUUUACCUGUUUUCUACCCAAAUCUUAAGCAGGGCGGUGUAUGUGCUGUGUAUCUAGCCAAUAUCACACAGGUUAUUGAACUCUUAGGUGGAAUUCACGUUUGGAACCUUGCUCUGUCAUGUGAAAGGAUCAGUGAGGUCAUUGUCAGAGAUUGGUUGGUUUGCCUUUCAAAACAGAAAAAUGGAAUUUUAUCUCAAAAUGUACCACCUAAAGUCAAUACAGAUUUACAGUUAUUCUCUCAAAAAGGAACUGGAGUUGAAAGUGAAAUGUUUCAAAAAGAUGACCAUGCUGAAAAAUCACAUGAUCCUUUUCCGUACAGACCAUUUCCCUAUAUUGCUAGACCUGCACACUGGCAAACUGGUCACACAGCUUUUCUUGUCAAGUUGAGGAAGUUCAAGCCACAACUGAGCUGA